CGCGUACCGAAAAACACCGUUUGGACUUCAUUUUCUCGCCCUCAAGAAUCUAUUUAUUAACGAUUUUUCUUUCCUUUUCCUUUGCCAGUCGACGGGGCAUCAUCUAGAGCGAUGGCCAUCUUUGCCCCAACGUCAUCCAGAAAGGGGGUGAGACCCAUCGUUAGACUCACACAGGUUAGCAUGAGUUUGGUCAAUUCGGGACUAAGAAUACCACAGCUUCGCGCGAGACGGAAGGCAACAAAAGCAAACUCUCCGCCCUGGCUCAAGAUUAAGCCAAGUCGAAGGGCGGUUCCCUUGUCCAAUCCGAACAUCGAAGCCAGCACAGAUGCUAUCACGCACUUGAUCGAAGCAAUUCCAAGCACGAUGGAGACUAUUCUGCCCGGAUUAGAGCCAAUCAAUUCUAAAUCAAUUUCGAAGCCGACCGUGAAGAAGAACAGACCAACAAGGAUUCCGCGGAAGGGAGCAAUCUCUUGUUCGAUCUGAUGGCGGUAAUCUGUUUCGGACAACAGCAUACCAGCAAGGAAUGCUCCAAGAGUAUUGGAGAGACCCAAUCCCUCCGUCAGAAAGGACAUCCCCAAGACAGUCGUUAGAAUGGCACCCACAAAGGCUUCUUGGUUCUUGGUUUUGGCUACGCUGUCGAAGAAAGGCUUCAAGAAAAACUUGCCAACGACGGCAAUAGUGCCCAGUGCGAUGGCAGCCUUGACUCCGGCAGCACCAAACGCUUCGGCCAAACCACCACCGCCUCCGGCCAGAAUCGGGGUGACAACCAAAAGUGGGACGACGGCGAGGUCUUGCAGGAGCAACACACCAAAGGACGACCUUCCGAACUUGGUACCCAUCUGGUCCUUGUCCUUUAGGAGUUGCAGGACAAAGGCAGAACUCGACAGAGCCAAGCCUCCACCCAAGACAAUCUGUGCCGCGGAGGAAAGCCCGAAACAAAACUUACAGAUGGCCGCAACGACAGCUCCCGUUACGAGGAACUGGCAUCCACCGAGCCCAAAUACAUCACGCUUCAUGCUCAUGAGCGUCUUGAAGUCGAGAUGGAUUCCCAUUUCGAAGAGGAAAAAGACGAUUCCGAUAUCGGCCAACAAUUCCGUGGUGUGAAUAUCCUUGACGAGACUCAAUCCGUUCGGACCGAACAAGACUCCCAAUGCUAGGUAUCCAAGAAUCGGAGAAAGGCCAAUCAUCUUUGAUAGGGGCGUAUUCAGCGCCGUGGUGGACAAUAACAGCAUGGUGUCGGCCUUGGGUCCCUUCAUAAACGAUGCCAGACCCUUGAUGGCGGAUGCCACCACGGCAAACGCGCAGUCGUCAUCCGUAGCUGUGGGCGACGAAACAUCUUCCUGGAUAUCACCUCCGCGGGGAAUGGUCUUCCAAGAAGGGGCAUCGGCUAUCUUUUUCGAGAGAAAGGCUUGUUUGCGCGUCCUCGGAAGACUCUCCAACACUCCGAACCGAGUUGCGAACGAAGGUUGAGCAGCAAUAGCUAGGAAUAGGAUGCAUGCUGUUGCCUUUUUCAACGGGGAGGCGAGGCCCCUUUUCUGUUUUGUGGCAAUCAUGGUGCCGCAAUCGUCUUCAGUUUAUGUUUGUC